CAGACGGGGCAAAGGGGCGUUUUCCUGGCGUUAUCUCCGUUGUUAAGGCGGGGAUCGUCUCUUCCUUUCUGGUUGUGUGUGCUUAGCUGUUUACCUUGGAUCGUGGAACGGUUUGGGUUGAAAGGGCCUUAAAAUAGGAUCUGAUGGAAUCGACAUUCUCUGCCAUCGACAGAGGAGCUGUGAGCGCCCCAUCCCUGGAGUUGUCCCGAUUGGACACUGAGGCUUGGAGCAACCUGUGUUAGUGGAAGAUGUCCCUGCCCAUGGUGGGGGCUGGUACUGAGAGGCUUUGAGGUCCAUCCCAACCUUUCACGACUCCACAAUUUCACAUCUACGGCACGGCCACGGCGCAGUGCCCAAACCCGAGAUGGGCACUCGGCCAUCACGUGCCCUGUUCCAAGAUGGCGGCCGCCGCGUCUGGCGCUGCAGCCACCGCCCCUCCUCCUGCCCCUUCCCCCGGUGCGGGAACCACGGGAGCCGCGGCAGGAGCAGGGACGGAACCGCCGCUUCCCCGAGGAGAAGGCGGCAAGCGCAGAGCCAUGAAACCACCCCAGCGCGACAGCGACGAGCGGUGAGCGCUCCUGCAGGAAGCUUGUCCCCUCCUGGCGGCCGUAGCGCCGUUCCCGCCUAAACGCGGUGGGCGUGGUCGCGGCGCCGGCCGUGAGGGGCCCCGCGGCCAUGAAGGCGCUGCGGCGGCUGAGCCGGCACCGCACCGCGCUGGGGCUCGGCGGGCUCUCGCUCUGCGCCGCCGUGCUGCUCUACCUCGCCAAGUGCACCUCCGAGGGGCUGCGCCCGCUGCCCGCGCCCCCCGCGCUCCCGCACAGCCAGCCCGGCCGCGGGGCCCGCGCCGCGCCCCCGGCCGCCGCCGAGGGCAGCGCUCUGCUGGCCGUGGUGGUGAUGAGCGGCCCCAAGUACAGCGAGCGGCGCAGCAUCAUCCGCAGCACCUGGAUGGCGGCGGCGCGGCAGGCGCCUCACGGCCACGUCUGGAGCCGCUUCGUGGUGGGCACGGCGGGGCUGGGCGCCGAGGAGCUGCGGAGCCUGGAGCUGGAGCAGAGCCGCCACCGCGAUCUGCUGCUGCUGCCGGAGCUGCGCGACUCGUACGAGAACCUCACGGCCAAGGUGCUGGCUACCUACGUGUGGCUGGAUGCGCACCUGGACUUCCAGUUCGCCCUCAAGGCUGACGACGACACCUUCGUGCGCUUGGAUGUGCUGGUGGAGGAGCUGAGGGCUAAGGAGCCGCGGCGCCUUUACUGGGGCUUCUUCUCGGGCCGCGGGCGGGUGAAAUCCGGGGGGAAAUGGAAGGAGAGCUCCUGGCUGCUGUGUGAUUAUUACCUGCCCUACGCGCUGGGCGGCGGCUACGUGAUCUCCGCCGACCUGGUGCGCUACCUGCGCCUCAGCAGCGACUACCUGAACCUGUGGCAGAGCGAGGACGUGUCCCUGGGCGUGUGGCUGGCGCCCAUCGACGUCAAGAGAGUGCACGACCCCCGCUUCGACACCGAGUACAAAUCGCGCGGCUGCAACAACAAAUACAUCGUGACUCACAAGCAGAGCAUCGAGGACAUGCUGGAGAAGCACCAGACGCUGGCCAAGGAAGGGAAGCUGUGUAAGGAGGAGGUGAAACUGCGGCUUUCCUACAUGUACGACUGGGGGGUGCCUCCCUCGCAGUGCUGCCAGAGGAAGGAUGGCAUCCCCUGAAAGCCUCGGGGUGAUGGACUCUGCUCGCUGUUACACCGGGAGAAUCCUGUGAAAACGGAAUUCUCGCCUCGGUUUCUCCCUCAGAACAUUGGGCAUGAAGGGUUUGGGAUGCAGGCAUAGCUGGACUUUGGGAAUUGCGGUUAAUUGGAGUCAGGAUUCUUGCCAUUUUCCACUCCAUAUCCGUGGACAGACUUCCCAAAUCACAGCCUGGUGCUGUGGAUCCGUAAUUCCAGCAGAACCGAGUGGGAAGAGCUGAUAAAACGGAAUUUUUGCUUCAGUUUCUCCCUCAGAAUAUUGGGAACAAGUCGUUCCCUUCAGGCACCGAUCCCAGAGUCUUUGGGAUGCAGCUCUGGCUGGAUUUUGGGAAUUGCUGUUAAUUGGAGUCAAGGGUUAAUUACUCUUUAAAAGAUUUUGCACGACUCAUUCUGGCACCCUGUGACUCCCUGGGAGGUGCUGACGUGGCAUGGGUCAAAAUGCUUAAAAAAAAAAAAUUAAAACAGGAGACAGCACAAAUAAAAAAGGUCAAAUGCCAGGAUUGAAGGCAAAUAAAAGGUGGCAAAACCCAGAAAGUAUAAAAAACCAGGAGAGAGAGAACUGGAAUGAAAAGUUUGAAGAGAUUCUGAUGUUUAUUUGCUAAAGGUCACGAUAAGUUUUGGUGCUGAUCAGACUGGAAUGAGGCUGCUGUUUAUUCCUUGACAGGGAAAUGCCAACUUGGCAGGAGGGAAGAGCCCAAAUUUGGGAUCAGGUUAUUGCCAGGGGCAGGAAAACAAAUCAGCUUUUCCUCAUAUACCUGCAGGGAGAGCUCUCUGGCAGAGAAUGGAAUGAUUAAAUCUGUUAAUUUGUCUCUUUUUGCUGUUUGAAAGGCAAUGUACAUAAAUCACCUGGCAGCUCCUAAGGGAGGUGACUGAGUUUUGGCAGAAAUGGAAUUUCUUUUAAUUUAGAAGAAUUUUUUGGCUUUGCAAAGCCUCCAGGUGUUGUUUGGAAUUCAUUUCCCUCCAACACUCAAGAGCUCCCUGGCUGCUCCAAGACAUUGCAGGCUUCAAAUUUAGAUUUAUUUGUAAUACAUAUGAGCAGGAAUUGAUCAGUGGGAGUUCAAAAAGCAUUUUUAUCCCCAAAGGUGGGGAUUUAAGAUAUAAAAAUGAACUUUGUGUAGUCAACAGAAAAAAGUUCCCCUUACCCUAAAAUUUCAACUUUGAGAACUUUAUUUCUCUUUUUACCACACUAAAAAAUCACAUUUAGGUGCUCAUUUAGGGGAAUUCCCUCCUUCUCUCCAAAAAUUCCUUGUAGAGGAACUAAAAUUGAAUUAUUUAUCAGUGACACAUCCACAGAUGGGAUUUUUUCAGUCCUGGCUACACCAAAAUAAUCAGAGCUCACACAGGACUCAGACAUUAUUUAUUUAUCUCCAAACCUGGAAUUCCAACAUUUUUCAGUGGCAGCUGCUCCAAAAGUUUUCCAGUCCCCUGUGCCAGCUGCAGUUCCUGCAGCAUGAGCAGUUUUUACUUUGUAAAUGUAAAAUUUAAUUUUUUAAAUGUCUUUUUUUUUGUGUGUGUGUGUGUGAUUUUUUGUUUUUUUUUGGUGUUUCUUGCACUCUGCACUUUCAUUCACAUUCCAUUCCCUCCUUCCCAACUCUGGCUGGAAGAGACAAAAGGAAAAGAAAAAUUGAAAAUUAAAAAAAAAAAAAAGCCAAUUUCUCUUUCUUUUUGCUUCUUAGCAAAAUUAGCAAUUUUAGGGAUUAGGAAUACCAAAGGGAUCAAUUAUGUUAGUUUUUUAGUUUGUUAUUCUCUUGUUUUAAUUAAUUAAUUAUUGAAGAUUAAAAGAUCUUCAGAAGAUUUUUCUAUUUUGAGAAUUUCAAGGCUUUUUUCCUAAAACAAAACUAAAAUCCUGCAAAACCUCUUUCUUAUUUUAGCAUGUUAAACUCAAUUAUUAUAAUAAUUGUAAUUAUUAUUAUUAUAAUUAUUAUUAUAAUGCAUGCUUAGGGAUUACCAGGGAGUAUUUUUUCCCAAAAUAUCCUAUUCCAAAUGAGGACUUUUCCAAGAUGUCAGCAAACUCCAGUUUUUUAAACAUCCAUUUGUCAUCUGAGGUUCAUUAAUGUUGUCUGUAAAUGUGAUUAAUUACCUGUAAUGUGAAUAUUUAUUUAUAAUUAUAUUUAUUUAUAAUUCUU